AACAGAAAAGACCUCAGAUUUCAGCAGAACCUCCUGCUAGCUGGACAGACUAUACUGACGGAAAAAAAUCUCUUAUCUGAGAAACAUUUUUCUUUUGUAUUUUUAAGCUCAUUGUCAGUGUUUUAAACAAUUCUAAUAAUUGUAAUUACACAUUUUUGGUCCUUAUGGAGAUUUGGAAACUCUCAGCAUUAAUGCUCACCAUACUUGCUCUUGCCUACAGUGUUCAAGGAUUGUCUUUCACUCUAGACAGAGACCACUGGAUUUCAGAUAACUGGGAGGAUGAACCAGUGGACGAGACACUAGCCAGUCAAGUGGCCAGUCUACUUAAGAGAUCCAAAUCUCAUCAGUUCUAUGGGCUAAUGGGAAAACGCUCCGGAGUCCUCCAGCCUGUGAAAAUGGAACGAAGAAGGCAUAAGGGGGAUAUGUUUGUGGGACUCAUGGGCAAGAGAUCUUUAGGAGGUGCUAUCACAAGAACAAUCCCAGAAACCAGUACAGCAAUGGACAAAUCUGCAGAUUUGAACAAACAAACAGCAGAUCUUCAAGAGGAAUGGGACAGACUGCAGUACUACUGAUGACAUUUUCCAAUGCUGUAUUACAGACUUCACUAGCCUCAGUGUAUCAGAAUACAAUUAUUUUUGACUCUUCACUGGAACCAACAUUAUACCUAAUGAGAACAUCAUUUGGGAGCAUUUUUAAGCAAGUAAAUGUCUUGCUUUAGAUAUUAAAUGUGACACAAUAAAAGUAUUUAUCAAAAAUGA